UAUUCAUCCCCUCCCAUUCAUGAGAUAGGUGCUGUUCUGUCUUCAUACAACACCACCUUGGAGGCAAACAGUGAUGGCAGGAAUCGCAGCCAAAUUAUCCAGAGAGAGAGCUGCAUUAGAAGGGCUCGGCUCCAAUGAGAAGGCAGUGAAGUAUUUAAAUCAGGAUUAUGAGGUUUUGAGGCAGCAGUGCUUGCAGUCUGGUUCUCUAUUUAAGGAUGAAGAAUUCCCAGCCUCUCCUUCUUCUCUGGGCUAUAAGGACCUGGGGCCACAUUCCCCCAAAACGCAGGGUAUUGUCUGGAAGCGACCCACGGAGUUUUGUGCCAAUCCUCAGUUUAUAGUUGGAGGAGCAACUCGGACUGAUAUUCGCCAAGGGGACCUGGGUGACUGCUGGCUCCUAGCAGCCAUUGCAUCUCUUACCUUAGAUCAGGAAAUCCUACAGCGAAUUGUUCCUGAAGAUCAGAGCUUCCAGAAGAACUAUGCUGGGAUCUUUCAUUUCCAGUUCUGGCAGUUUGGGGAGUGGGUGGAUGUUGUUGUUGACGACAGGCUGCCCACUAAAAACGGGCAGCUGCUCUUUCUACACUCAGAGGAAGGCAAUGAGUUCUGGAGUGCCCUGCUGGAGAAGGCCUAUGCUAAAUUGAAUGGCUCAUAUGAAGCUCUUGCAGGAGGUUCCACUGUAGAAGGCUUUGAAGAUUUCACUGGAGGGAUCGCUGAGUCGUAUGAUCUGAGGAAGGCACCACCCAAUCUAUAUCAGAUCAUUCGGAAGGCCCUGCAAUCUGGGUCAUUGCUUGGCUGCUCCAUUGAUAUCACCAGUGCAGCUGAAACGGAGGCAAUCACAAGUAAGAAAUUGGUAAAGGGACAUGCUUACUCUCUCACUGGAGCAGAAGAGGUAAAUUAUCGCGGGCGCUUAGAGAAGCUAGUCAGGAUUAGAAAUCCUUGGGGUGAAGUGGAAUGGACCGGAGCCUGGAGCGAUAAUGCUCCAGAAUGGAAUUAUGUUGAUCCCAAACAAAAACAGGCUCUGGAUAAGCAAUCGGAUGAUGGAGAAUUUUGGAUGGCAUUCUCAGAUUUUCAAAGACAGUUCACACGGCUUGAGAUCUGCAACUUGACUCCUGACACCCUGACGAGUGACAAAGUCCAUAAAUGGGGUCUGACCUUGUUCAGUGGUCAGUGGAGACGGGGUUCUACUGCUGGGGGCUGCCAGAACUAUCCAGCAACAUACUGGAUCAAUCCCCAGUUUAAAAUCAGGCUGGAUGAGCCAGAUGAUGAUGAGGAAGGAAGUACGAGUAAGCCAUGCUGCACUGUGCUGGUGGGCUUGAUGCAGAAGAACCGCAGGAGAGUGAAGAAGAUGGGGGAAUCUCUACUCACUAUUGGCUAUUCCCUCUAUCAGGUCCCUAAAGAGCUGCAAAAUCACACGGAUGUCCAUCUGAGCCGAGAUUUCCUCACAAGGCACCGACCAGUAGCCCGGUCUGACACAUAUGUUAACCUGCGUGAAGUCUCCGGCCGUAUCAAAUUGCCCCAAGGAGAGUAUCUCGUUGUGCCGUCUACAUUUGAGCCUUUCAAAGAUGGAGAGUUCUGCCUUCGGGUUUUCUCUGAGAAGCAGGCGAAAGCUCAGGAAAUUGGGGAUGUAGUGGCUGCAAAACCAUAUGAGCCUCAAGUUGAUGACAAGAGCAUAGACAACGAGUUCAGGAGCUUGUUUCAGAAGCUCUCUGGAGAGGAUUAUGAAAUGAGUGCAGAUGAACUUCAGACUGUUCUGAACAGGGUGUUAACAAAGAGGGCAGACAUUAAAACUGAUGGAUUCAACAUAAACACCUGCAGAGAGAUGAUCAGUCUCUUAGACACCAACGGGACUGGCACCUUGGGACUUGUAGAAUUCAAGAUACUUUGGCUGAAGAUUCAAAAAUAUUUGGAGAUCUAUAAGAAAGUGGACACCGACUAUUCUGGUACCAUAGAUGCCCAUGAGAUGCGAGAUGCCCUCAGAGAAGCAGGUUUCACUCUCAACAACAAGGUGCAGCACAUCAUUGCCACCCGCUAUGUCAACAGCAAGCUGACCAUUGACUUUGACAGCUUUGUGGCCUGCAUGAUCCGCCUGGAGACCCUCUUCAAAAUGUUCCAGAUUCUAGACAAAGACAAGAAUGGUGUUGUCCAGCUCUCUUUGGCUGAGUGGUUAUGCUGCACGAUGGUUUGAGCUCUUGCAUCAGAAUUGAGCGGAGAACCCCAUAACUCUUGCAAACAUGCUAUGAUUUUCAUACCGUGUAGAAGCUUCUUGAAGAUAUUUACUUUCCAUGUAUCUGAGUAACUCUCAAUCUGCUGCUCUUCUCUUAUGGGGAGAAAAAAUCCUGUUUUGAUCACCAGCAACUUAUCUUAAAACAAAAUGAAAAUAAAAUGAUCCCCUGUCAUUUAGAAAACAAACACUGCAAUGAAAAUUAAUAAACAAACAAAUCUUUUUCUGCCGGGGAUA